UUUGCUAGAUGGGAGCCUGCUCAUGGACUUUUCAACUUUCAACAUCCAUGGGGAAAAUACCUUAAGAUCAGCGCGUCAAUGCGUAGUUGUGCCUGUUGCAUUGAGGCACUAACAAGCUGCAUCAAUCAAAAAGAUCAGGCUUCUGAGUUGUUAAAGAAUCAGCUUACAAACACUUGCCAACAAGUAAGUUCAAGUACAAGUGAGAUACUGAAAGAGUUGGCUUUAAACAUGAAAACAAUGAGAAAAUCCUCCAGGAUGGAUAUGUUAAUACAAGAAAAGAGUAACGCGAUUCAAGAACUAGAAACUCUGAUGGAACAACUUUCAGGAUUACUUAUUAUUCAGCCAAAGAAUGUAAAGGAUGAUCAAGAAAAGCCAGUUAUAAGAACAAGUAGUACUAAUGUUAUCCCUCUUAUUGAAAUCAUACCAACUGCAACAUUUGCUUCUUUAGUGAUCGAAAUUGCCACGAGGAUCGAAGGGGUGGUUGAUGUUGUUGAAGAAUUAUCAAAACUGGCAAAAUUCAAACUUGAGGAUGCUGAUAUGAUGAUCAAACAGAACAAACCAGUCAUCAAGAAUAUCAUAAACUAGUAGUACUGUUUAUAGAUAAACCUUACUGUUGAUUUCAUAUGUCUUGCUAUGUUCAGGUUACCAAUUGCUAGAUAUCC